CGAUCCUCCUUUCUUGAAUUAGGGUUUUGCUUGCUGUGCUAUUUGUGUCUGCUGCUAAUUCUCUCCGCUCUGCUUGCCCCCUUUACCUUUCGGUCUCUAUCAAUGGCGGAGCAGACGGAGAAGGCUUUUUUGAAGCAACCCAAGGUUUUUCUCUCUUCGAAAAAAUCCGGUAAGGGGAAGAGGCCUGGAAAAGGAGGGAACAGGUUUUGGAAAAGUAUUGGUUUGGGAUUCAAGACUCCCAGAGAUGCAAUUGAAGGCGCUUACAUUGAUAAGAAAUGCCCAUUCACCGGCAAUGCUUCCAUCCGUGGUCGAAUUCUUGCUGGCACUUGCCAUAGUGCAAAAAUGACAAGGACUAUCAUUGUUCGUCGGAAUUAUCUUCAUUUUAUCAAAAAAUACCAAAGGUACGAGAAGAGGCACUCAAAUAUUCCAGCACAUAUAUCUCCUUGUUUCCGUGUGAAGGAGGGAGAUCAUGUUAUUAUUGGACAGUGCAGGCCAUUGUCUAAGACAGUGAGAUUUAACGUGUUGAAAGUGGUUCCUGCUGGUUCUUCUGGCGCUGUUAAGAAAGCUUUUACAGGAAUAUGAGCAUUUCCCUUGAUCCCCAUCCUCCAUGUUCCUUUUAGAGGAUUUUAGAUUUAGCAACUCUUGACAUGUGUCUUUCUCGUUUACUUUGCUCUGAAGGAAUUCAUAUUUAUUAAGUUUAUUUUUGAUUUUUUUUUUUUUUAAUGUUGUUUCUGUAUUAUCGUCCCGUAAUAUCGUAUCAUACAUGCUGUACGGAUCAUUAUGUUUUUCAAGUGAUGCUGCACUCUUUAUAGCCCUAAAAGGAAAAAAAUGGUAC